AUGGCUACUGUCAAGGAAUCAAUUCCACAUAUCAUCAGGACGGCAGACGAUCCUCGACAGCAGGGCGUUUGGACCGCGCGGAUCAGUGAGAUAGAGCAGGUCAACUCUAAGAUACGUUUACUGAAACUGAGUCUUCCAAGAGAUGGGCGGCCCCUCCGCCAUCUCCCCGGCCAAUACAUUGACCUCUACAUCCCAAAUGUCGACGUGGUAGGCGGAUUCACAAUAACCUCGUCACCUGGAGCCGCCUCUUUCGACAAAACCGAAAAUCCUCACAUCGAACUAGCGAUCCAAAGUUCGCCGACGAACCCUCCCGCAGCGUACCUGUGGCGUUCACCGCCAGAGAUCCUCAAUUCUACCGUGUCAUUCAAGGUCGGCGGAAAUUUCAUCUAUCCACCGCCAACCACUACCACCCAGAAUAGCAAUUUGGACAGAGUCGUCUUUGUUGCGGGAGGAGUGGGCAUCAAUCCCAUUAUGAGCAUGGUUUCCGCGAUCCAUGAGGCGGGCAUAACCGACACAUCAAGUGGCUUACUACCAAAGACAGUGAGAGUUCUGUACACAUCGAGGCGGGAAAAGAAUCCCCAAGGACAACAAGAGCCAGUCCUCUUUGAAGAAAGACUAAGGAACAUCGCGGGCCAUUGGUCGUCCCGCAAAGAUGUGAUGGACUAUACCUACACUUUCUUCGAGACGAGUGCCAGUGGUGAAGCAGAAGCAAAAGAGGACGAGGACCAGACCCGAAAUAUUACUACAUGCUACCGCCGGAUCAAUCACAAUGACCUGCUCGAGGCGAUUGGGCCCCAGGAGACGAGACCGAAUACUUUUGUCUAUGUUUGUGGAUUGCCCACUAUGACGGACGAGUUUGUGGCUUUCUUGAAGAACACGCCGGGGGUGGAUGUGAGGAAAGUGCUCUGUGAGAAAUGGUGGUGA